AUGGCCUUGUGCUGGAUAUGGUAUAAGCAAACAUGGCAGUUUUUCACGUUUUCCUUUCCUCCCGGCAAAAUUCACCUUUGCUCGGUCAUAACAGAAGUGAUUGUUUCUGCCAUCCAGAUGGCUAGUCUAAUGGGUGGCACUGGUGGCAAUAAGGAUGCCGUUGACAAGUUAGAGAAUGCUACGACUCAUGGUGGCGGUGGAGUCGAUAAACCGAGGGUAAAAUCGACGAAUAAUACAGACUGCAGCACUGAAGGAGCUGUAACCGAUAUUCAGAAGAAGAAGAAGAAGAAGAAGCGAGUCAAGAGGUAUUUUUUCCUUACUUUUUACUGUUUACAAAUUCAAAUCGUGCAGUUAAUUUCAGGAGUGAUUGUUAGGGUUUUAGCAAUGGGUUCUUAUGGAGGAAUUUUUCAGGAGAUGGAGGUGUACGAUGAAGAUUUUGUGGUCUGGAAUUCGCCGGCUUGGAUGUUUGGUGUACGGCAGCAGAGAGGAUUGGAGAGUCUUCUUUAUCACAACAGAAAUGCCCGUGUGGUGGUGCUUUGA